AUGUGGUUCAAGGCCAAGCCAGUCAAGUUUGCCGCGUUCAAGCAGCAGCUUGCCGAGGGCCCGGCAGACAGCAGCCGUCGGUCGAGCCUUGUCGACAACAACAGCAACAGCAUCGUCUUGCGCUCGCAGCGCCAGCUCCCGGCGACCUCGUCGAGCCGUGGCUUUGCCAAGCAGAUUGAAAAGUUCUGUCUGCCCGAGCGCCGCAGCUCGACGCUCACGGCGUCCACGCUGAGCGUCGAGUCGGAACAGCCCUCGUGCAGCCCCGCGCCGCGACAUCGGCGCUGCGUAUCGUACGAGCCAAGUCUUUCAGAGCACGCGCGCCGUGGCGUCUCCACAAGUCCGUACAACGAGCCUUUAAUCGAUGCCAUCUACCUCGACGACGCCACCAAUGGACCCGCUCCGAUCGUCGUCGCAGCAUCGUCCAAGCCAUCACAUCGGCGCAGCGCGAGUCUCGGUGCUUACGCUGCCUUUGGCGCGCCGCGCUCGUACAUGGUCGAGCUACCCGCGCACAUGCACCUCGGCGUCUGCUUUGAAGAGCGCGAUGGCGCGUACGUCGUGCACAGCGUCCAUGCCACGACAAGCGGGGCGUCCGACGUCUUUGCCAUUGCGGCCGGCGACGUUCUUAUCGCGAUCAACAACGCGCCGCCCUUCGCAGCCUCGCCGCUUGCGCUUGUGCUGGACGGCCACCAUGUGUUUUGUCUGCCGCCGACCGAUGUGGCAAGGACCUUUCUCUUUGAACUUUCGACCGCCGCGGGGCGCCACCGAUCCGCACCGACCGCCGGCAUCGACGUGCUUUGGCUGCCGCACCAGACGCUCGGACUCGUGCUCCACGCCGACAACGACGACGCCACCGCCAUCGAGCGCAUCGUGCACGGCCGCAACCCGGGCAUGCGCCAUCUCGCGGUCGGCUGCGUCUUGCGCAGUAUCAACGGCGUGUCGACGUCCGGCCAAUCGUUCCCGCACGUAUGCGACCGGCUCACGGCCUUGCCCAAGCCCGCGCUCUUGAGGUUCGCGCCGCGGUCCGAACUGCCGACGCCACUUCGCAUCGCGACCGGCUACCUCUACCAUAUUGUGUGGAGCGGCGUCGGGCCGCUGCAGAUUGCGCUCUCAAGACGCAAUCCGAGCCCCGUCGUCGUCCGGACGCGGGCAAGUAGCGACGUCUGCUACCAGCCAACAACUCCGGGCGCGCGCAUCGAGGUCGGCGACGAGCUCAUCAAGCUCAACUACCGCAGCGUGGUCGAUCGCGAGUACGAAGCCAUCCUCGCCGAGCUUCGCAGCGGCCUGAAGCCUAUCAUCCUCACCUUCUUCCGCCCGAUAUCGCCCUAGUACUCUACCUUAUCCUUAUGUAAUUGACGAUGUUCCAUCCUGCACACCCCUAACCCGAAUGGCACCCAAAUGUAUCAGUGUA